GGGAAGUGCGAUCUUCGGGCUGUCAGAGUUGGUGUGUUACUCGGUGGUGGCGGAGUCUACGGAAGCCGUUUCCCCUUCACUUUCCCUGGCUCUAGAGCGCUUUCCACCUGGCGGGUGGGAGUGCAGGGACGAAGGUGCGAGAUGAGCACCAUGUUCGCGGACACGCUCCUCAUCGUGUUUAUCUCUGUGUGCACGGCUCUGCUCGCCGAGGGCAUAACCUGGGUCCUGGUUUACAGGACAGACAAGUACAAGAGACUGAAGGCAGAAGUGGAAAAACAAAGUAAAAAAUUGGAAAAGAAGAAGGAAACAAUAACAGAGUCAGCUGGUCGACAACAGAAAAAGAAAAUAGAGAGACAAGAAGAGAAAUUGAAGAAUAACAACAGAGAUCUAUCAAUGGUUCGAAUGAAAUCCAUGUUUGCAAUUGGCUUUUGUUUCACUGCCCUAAUGGGAAUGUUCAAUUCCAUAAUAUUCAGAAGAUUCUUGGCCUUGCCCCUUCACGAGCUGCCACCAAGCAGGCGGGUGGAUUUCUUGGCCCGCCCCCUCCUUCUGGGAAGUUUUCUUGAACUCAAGCAGAACUCUUUAUUUUCUAUCAUUCUUUCUAGACACACCCAUCAGACUGGCAACUGUUUUGUUGCAAGAGCCAUAGGUAGCCUUAGUACUUGGGCCUCUUUCUAGUUUCGAAUUAUUUCUAGGCCUUUUGGGUAUGAUUAGAGUGAGAAUGGCACCCAGCAAACUUGAUCAUGCUUUUGGUCCUAGAUGGUUUUCAAAUAAGUGGAUUGAUUAGUUAAGUUUAGGUGAUGUUUAGGUAAUGAAAAACAAAUAGCAUCCUUCUUGUUUCAUUUACAUAAGAAUUUUCUUUGGGACUGACUCUCAAGGCCGUAUAUAUGCCCUGCAAGAGAUCUAGAAGAAAAAUUUAGUUUGUAUGACUCUUAAUUGUAACUGUUUUUUGAGUUGUUUUUUUUUAAGCCAAAUAUAUGACAUAAGAUCAAUAAAGAGGCCAAAUUGUUAAGUAUUUUAUAUACAAGGAGAGAUCUGUUUCAUUUUGUUUUGCCCUAUUUCUAGAUGUAAGUUUUAGCAUUGCCCAGGAAGAGCUAAACUAAAAGUUUUUAAGGUACUAUAUUUUUUGCCAUACUUGACUCAUGUACUCAAAAUACAGAGUUGUCCUGGUGUAGGAACUGGAAAGCAGGAGUGGAAAGGAACGUAAUAAUUCAUGGGAGUUUAAAAAUCAGGGUCUUGGCAAGUAACACUGAUGUCUGAAAAAAAAUUAAAUAUAAAUAAAUAAAAAUGAGGGUCCUCAACCAUUCUCUUCAUAUCCUAUUACAGUCUCUUGUAUUCUUGUAGGGGCAUUAUUAGAUCUCCCUCAGAGGCAAGGAUAUAGUUAUAUGUUGUUAAUCUUGCAGAGCUUUCUUUUAGUUACAAUAGCCUUCAGUUUCUGCCAUGCCCCUUCAUAAGGGAGAAGAUAUUUGUACCAUGAUCCUCCCCUAUAAUCUAUGGAAUUAGUCGUCCUGUGUGGAGUCCUAUCAAUAAAUAUGCACAUUCA